GUAUUUAGGAGGAUCUGGUUGGGCUCAUUGGCUGUAAGGUCACCCCUUCUCCCUUUUCCAGUAUGGGGUGUAAUGCUUCUCCAAUCUUCGGAAUCGUCAUCUUUUGGAUGCCCAUGGCCAAGGCUUGUGCCAGGCUUGCCGCUGGCAAUUCUGGCAAAGCUGUUGUGCCAAGCGCCGUGUAGGGGAGCUGUGAAAUCUGCCACCAUGGUCUCCAUUGCAGGCUGCUGUGGGUGCAAGGUCUUCUCCAAGAUCGAUCUCAAGUCUGGCUAUCACCAUAUUGAAGUCGAUCCUGCGGACCAGCACAAGACUGCGUUCAAAACACGCGAUGGGCUUUACGAGUUUACUGUAAUGCCCUUCAGUCUCACGAACGCAUCGGCCACCUUCCAAAGCCUCAUGGACAAAGUUCUCCGCGAACAGAUUGGCCGGUUCGUGGUGGUUUACCUCGAUGACAUACUAAUCUUCAGCAAGUCCAUGGAGGAACACCUCAAACACCUUGAGGAAGUCAUGACCAUCCUCAAGAAAACGCAACUCCAUCUCAACUUAGAGAAAUCUGAGUGCGGGAAGGAUAGCGUCAUCUAUCUUGGUCAUUUGUUGUCUUCUGCAGGCCUGGAGCCUGAGGCAACCAUGGUUGAGGUCAUACGCGAUUGGCCUCAACCCGCGAACAUUCGCGAACUGCGUUCUUUUCUUGGCCUCGCGUCAUACUAUCGGAAGUUUGUGCCCCGCUUCUCUAUUGUUGCUCAUCCAUUGUCGCGGUUGACCAGUAAAAAUGUUCCCUAUUCUUGGGACGCCGCGUGCACAAAUGCCUUCCAAGCUUUAAAGGAAGCCUUGGCGUGGCGAGGAGCCGCGUUGUCUUGCCUUCGGAUUCCCGCCUUUCGUGUUCCUGUUCGAAAGGCUGAAGUUGCACGCGUGAAGACGCGCGCGGGGCGAAGUUUCCCGCCGGUUGAAGGCCGUUCGCGGGCGUGCGUUCUCGGCAGUUUAGCGCUGAGAAUUAGCGCUUACCGGGCGGCGCUAGCGCUCCAGUCCAGAGCAAGAGGGCAUCUAGGAAUGCACUGCCCUCAGUCAGGUACGAGAUCGGGAGGGAAACAGCCUCAACUAAAACAAUCAAUGCUGGUGGAAGCAGACAAUAAACCAGGAGUCUGGUAUAUUAACUCGACACAAUACAGAGGGUGGAUCUUCGACGACAACCUGGAAACUCCUAGGUGGGUUUGGGUUUUAAACAGCAGUCCCACUGUGAAACCAAACAUCUACCCGCCGUAUGAUAGCCGAUGGAGACAGGCAGGGGCGAAACGCAUGGAAGACAAGGAAGUAGGCUUCAUAACGAAGCCCAUGAUCGUCGAGGACACAGUAUUGGACGACAAACAGCGUUUGCAGACUAUGGCGGAAUUGCACAAGCUGGGACAAGAGGCAGAACUGGCCUUCCUGGAAAACAGGAGGGCAAGGGAGGAGGCAGAGAAAGUAGCGGGUGAAGAAAAGGGAAGGGAAGGAGGUGAGGGGGAGGGGAGUAGCAACUCCCCGGACAACGGCAAGAGCACUAAGGAGCAGAGUAAUGAGAAGGAGGGAACCAGGGGGGGGAAGGAAGACGGAGGCCCACAGGCAUCCACGAAGAGGAAACUUCGGGACAGGGAAGCAGCAACGUCAACGAGCUCAGGUCAAGAAGCCAAGAGAUCCAACACAGGUGGAGGGGAAGAGGAAGAUCCAACGUCGCAGGAAAAACAACAAGGAACGGUUAUGGAGGACGCGACGUCAGAGAAGGGCAAGUCACAGAACGAGCAGAUGGACAUGUCAUCAUCAGUAGCUGCGAAAUCUGCAGCAGCUCCAGCAGCGGCAUCAGCAUCAUCGACCCCUCGAAGGAGGGAGGACACGUCAUCAGGUAGCAACAGCUCAGCACACAGCCGGCAUAAGGACGGUGGGGGAGAACCAAUGGAAGAGACAGCGGGCAAGGCAAGCAACAUGGAGCAGGGAACGGAUGACUCGUCAGAAGAGCUUGAAGAGAGGGAGCAGAUUGAGGAGGAAAGGAGACAGGCAGCAAUCCUGGAAGCUCAAAUCAAUGUUCUCAAGGACCAGAACAGGGAGCUGGGGGGCGACACCACCAAUUUGCAAAAAAUAGCAUAUGCCCCGCACCCUGACAUAAAUGCAGCAACCAAACUCUUCACAAGGCACAACCUGGGAAGGAGAGUUAUAUUGCCAUACCGUUGGAACAGCGGUAAUUCCGACUGGGAGGUAGCUAUCCACCGGUCACUAGCUCUGAUCACAGCAAGAGACAGCCAGUGUACAAGGGCUGGACUCCGGGAACGGAUCACGAAGGACUUGCCAGACAAAGCGCAGCUAUGGGGUAGUACCACAGAGAACCGGGAGGAGUGGGAGGACACAGCGGGAGGCAAACAGAUGUUAGACUAUAGACCUAUCGUCUUCGAGCUACAGGAGAGUGCAAAGUUGACAGAGGGACUCAUCUUGAUGCCAUGGCUGGUAGUGGAAACGAUACCUUAUGGCCUCCUGGGCGGCUCAGAAGCAGCUGAGUGGGUUGCAAGGGGAGCAAAGAUUAUCACCAGAUCUGGUCUCGCUGCAAUCGAGGCUGAGAAACAACUCCAGCUGGCAGUCAAGGCUGCCCAGCUACAGGCGGAUGAAGCGGCAACAGCAGAGAAGCUGCGGCUACAGGCCGAAGCAGACGCAGAUGCCCAGGCUCACCGCAAGGAAGCCCAGGCUCUGCUGCAGCGGCAUGAAGCCAACAGCAUCGAGAAACUCAAGUACUGGCACUUUGAGCCGAACGGCGACAAGCCAACACCGGAAGAGCAUCAUAAGGAGUUCAUGGCCAAGCUCGUGAGCAGGCUGUGCCAGGACCAGAUGCUGGCUUCGAGCAGUGCAUCCUCUAGCCGCCAACAGGAGGAACGCGUUGACCACGUCGUGGCAAUGCUAGGAGACAUAAGUGUCUUCACAGAGCCGGCCACCAUCAGCCAGCGGUUCGAGUUGCUGGACACUAAGAUCAGUCAGCAACAGCAGACUGACCACAGCCACAACAACAGCUUGGCGAGGCCAUACAAGAUGCCGACAUUCCGGAUCGAGAAAUUUGAUGACUACACACAUCAAGACCCGGUCGUCUGGUGGCAAGGAUUUACAACGGAGUUGGGGAUUCACGAAGUCCCUGACCAUCUGUUCAUCAGUGCUCUGUUCAUCAACACCAAGGGAGGUUGUCAGAUCUGGCUCAGCCACAUGGCAACCAUCCACGGCGUCCAGGUUUCAGACCUGUACAAGAAGGUCUCCUGGGAAGACAUGACAAAGGAAUGGAAGAAGCGGUUCAUCGUCGAGGACGCCCCGACACUCGCCGUCAACCGCAUCUUCACGAUGGCUCAAGGGAGCACACCGACACGUGACUGGCUCACGGAUUGGCAGAAAAUCGUGGCGACGCCCGAUUUGGACUUGUCAUUUCCGCAUCUGCGGCGUGAGUUCUACAACAGGUCAUGCGCCGCUCUCAGCCUCGCACUUGGUGAUCACGAGCAGUACAACACUUUCGCAGAGAUCAUCAACAAGGCGAGAGAGCUCAUCAAGACUAACAGGCCGGCUGCACACGAGAAAUGUGCGACCCCGCCUCAGCUCGGGAAACUGAGCUCCACGAAAGGUGAGGCGACUCCACCUUCUACUCCGCCAGAUUCGGUCGCCUUGCUAGCGGCCUCCUGCACAUCUCGGGAGGAUGCGAAUGUCGCAAGUCCUCGGUAUACUUACGAGGAUUAUGCUGUCCACUUGGUUCCACCGCUGGACCAACCGGUCCACGUGCAACAACCUACCGCAUGCACGUUUUCAUCACCAUCGGCAACCGAUUUGGCAGCUUCGCCGCCAUCUAUCGUCGGGGAUUCAUCGUCAUGGUCAAGACUUGAGGUGCUCGACCCAUUGACGUUCACGGACUUCCAGUGGAUGCCCGUUCCCCCGACCGGACGAUUGUCGAAACCGCAUUGCAAUGUGCUCAUGGCACAACUGCGAGAUUACGUGCACACUGCAGUACCGACUCCGUUGAUGGACGCCGGAGUAGAGGUUGUCGACCUUCACGUUUACAUCGUGAAGAUCGACCGCGAGUUCAAGACGCAACGGUACGACGACAUCGACGCACCAUUGCUAUACACGAUCAGGAACGCCGGCCCUCUCCCACGCAUCGACGACCUUCUCGAGCGAUUGGGCGGCGCCCAGUUCUUCUCUAAGUUGGAUCUCAAGUCAGGGUACCACCAACUCGAGAUUCGCAAGGAGGAUCGCUACAAGACCGCGUUCAAGACACGGUAUGGGCAUUUCGAAUGGUUGGUCAUGCCAUUUGGCCUUAUGAAUGCCCCAGCCACUUUCCAAGCGGCUGUGACGACGGAGUUCCGACACAUGCUGGAUCGUUUCGUACUUAUCUACCUCAACGACAUUUUGGUUUACAGCCGGAGUCUGGGCGAGCAUGUGGAACACUUGCGCACCGUUUUGGAGCGGCUACGACAUGCCAAGUACAAAGCAAACCGCGACAAGUGCGAGUUCGCACAGCAGGAGCUGGGAUACUUGGGACACUAUGUGACGCCGAAAGGCAUCCCUCCGCUUGCGGACAAGAUCGAGGCCCUACGAGUAUGGCCCGAGCCCACCAACACCACGGACGUUCGUUCAUUCAUGGGAUUGGCGGGCUACUAUCAGCGAUUCAUCACCGGAUACUCUAGGAUUGUUGCACCUAUGACGAGGUUACAGUCGCCAAAGGUGCCAUUCGUAUUCGAUGAUGCCGCACGCCGGUCAUUCCAAGCACUUAAGACGGCUAUGCUCAUGGCACCCGUCCUUAGCAUCUAUGACCCCACCCGGCCGACGCGAGUGACUACGGACGCUUCCGGCUAUGGCAUUGGGGCAGUCUUGGAACAGCACGACGGCGAUGACUGGCACCCUGUGGAGUAUUUCAGCCACAAAGUGCCUCCCAUCAACUCGCUUGAUGAUGCAAGGAAGAAGGAGCUGCUCGCAUUCGUCAUGGCUCUCAAGCGAUGGCGGCACUUCCUCCUUGGGCGUCGUAGGUUCACAUGGGUCAUAGACAACAAUCCAUUGACCUACUACAAGACGCAGGACACGGUGAGCAGCACGAUAGGACGAUGGAUCUACUUCAUCGACCAAUUUGACUUCACACCGAAACAUGUCCCCGGCCUCUCCAAUCGCGCAGCAAAUGCACUCUCGCGAAGACCAGAUCUUUGCGCUAUGACACAUCAUGCCUUCGCAUUCGACGAGGAGCUUCAGCGACACUUCAUCCGGGCAUAUCAGUCUGAUCCGGACUUUGGCAUGCUCUAUGCACAGCUAUCUUCGGAUCACCCGCCGGCCAGCCAUUUCCGCAUUGCCGACGGGUACUUGCUCCUCCACUCGAGAGGCAAGGACUUACUAUGUGUCCCACGCGACCGUCGUCUUCGGACUCGCCUCCUCGGCCAGUAUCAUGAUUCACGACUCGCCGGCCAUUUCGGAGUCAACCGCACUAUUGCACGGCUUCAACAACGAUUCCGAUGGCCCGACCUCAUUACCGAUGUCACUCGGUAUUGCGACUCUUGCGAAGUUUGCCGACGCAGCAAGCCCCACAACCGCAAUCCCUACGGCGAGUUACACCCGAUGCCUAUCCCACGGGAACCCGGUCUCUCCAUUGCCAUGGACGUCACCGGUCCGUUUCCUCGCGACCGGCUCGGGCACGACGACAUCCUCACGGUUGUGGACCGAUUGAGUAAGUACGCGCGUUUUCCCCCUUGCAAGUACUACUCCACGGCUCCCAAGCUGGCACGCCUCCUGCACACUGGUUGGAUUUGUGGCCACGGUGUACCAGAAGACAUUGUCAGCGACCGCGACACUCGUUUCAUGUCGGCGUUUUGGACUGUUCUCAUGCAGAAGUCCGGCACAACAAUGAAACCAAGUUCGGCUCGACAUCCUCAGACACACGGGCAGACGGAGCGGGCACAUCAAACUGCUCAAAUGAUGCUUCGUACGCUCGUCCGUCCAGACCAGAAAGAUUGGGUUGACCGCCUCCCCGACAUCGAGUUCGCCUACAACACUUCGGUGCAUCCAGCGAUCGGCGUGACUCCAUUCGAGUUGCACCACGGUGGACGGAAAGGCCGGAUCUUCGCAAACCUUCUCCUCCCUCGACCAGCCGACAUUGAUGCUGCCUGCUCUCCCGCUUCCGUCCGGAAGUACAGGGAAUUGUUGACUCAAGCCCGCGCAAAUAUGCAAAAGGCUCAAGUCCGCAUGCAGCAGCAAGCCAACAGGCGUCGCGUACCAUGUCCCAUCCGCGCCGGUGAUCUGGUUUGGGUCUCCGCGGAAGAGUUUGCACUGGAACAGGAUGUUUCACGCAAACUGCUUCCCAAGUGGUUUGGACCGUGGUCGGUGACUGCAGCCGCGGGCGAUGAGCCCGAUGGCCCUUCAUUUGUGAUCAACAUUCCAGAGCAUCUGACGGUCCAUCCGGUCUUCCACGCCUCGAAGCUGGCAACAUACACGCCAGCCAAGAGCGACGACUUCUCGGACCGACGAUCGCAGGACCCUCCUUCUAUGGAUGGCCAUCAGGAAGUUGACCUCGUCAUCUCCGAUCGCAAGUACGGCAGCAAGCCGCGGCAGUACAAAGUCACAUUCAAAGCAUGCGAUCGCGACGACACCCGGUGGAUUUCAGGCGCAGAUUUGAAAGCCUCCGCACUGCUGAUCUACAUGCAUUAUGAAAAGCGGAGGUUAGCUCAGGAAGCUUCACGACCAGCCCCUCCCACCCGGGCUGUGGUCCCUCCCUCAGACAGACAGCUUCGCCCUCGCAGGAAUCAGUUGGCAGGUGAGGCCAACAUCAAUAUGCACAACUUUCCCUCAUUCAGCAGGAAGGCCCUAGAGGCAAAGAUAGGGCAUGGACAUACACCCACGACGGACGGUAGGAAGAAGACACUGUCUCCCAACUGGAAGGCGAAAGGACGCAUAAUGUUCAUCGACAACGAUGGUUCUACCAUCAAGUUAGAAGACGACUUCCAGGCGGGAGCGGGUUCAAAGGCGGGCAGCGUAGAAGUUUCAGGGGGUGGAACAGUCGCUGCCGCUGUCCAGAAAGGUAAGGCGACCGGUAGACGCUGUGGAGGUUCCCGGUUUAGGAGUCAAGUUGACCCUAACGCUCCUCCAUGGGAGAAAGCGGGUCUCAUAGAGGACGUGUGGAGAGACCGGUAUAUCAGGCAGACCUGUAUUCGUUGUGGUCAAUAUGGCCACAACCAAUUCAAGUGCCGCAACAAGAAGGUGACCGAGAAGAUCCCGCCUACGAUGGGGCAGGCGUUGGGAUCGUCCGCUCCCGUAGGUAGCAAUGUGGCCAGCAGUUAUGGCACUGCUCCGGGGAACACGUUGGGGCCAGUAGGAAUAGUAGUUGUUCCUGUUAGGGUCGAGGUGGUGGACACACCCUCACCAUCUCGAGAGAUGGCCCAAGUUGCUGACUCCAUCGUCGUCCCUCAUUCACAUUCGGACCCAGCGAUCCUCUGUUCGCUGAAUGUGUUUGAGUCCUUAGAGGAGCUAGAGGAGGAGUGGUCUAGAUCGAACCCGCUAGCUUUUUGGACGGCCAUGGCCAAAGCCCCUAAGGGUGAGUUGUUCGUCGGCGAGGUAGUCAUCGGCAGCCGUAAGGCCGGGGCCUAUUAUGACACUUGCUCGACGCGGAACUUCAUUAAUCGCAUGUGCAUUGAGAGGCUGCGCUUAGAGGGGCAAGUGCAACGCCUGAGCCGACAUGUGGAGUCAACCUGUGCCAACAAACAGCGCAUGGUAGUCAACGACUACCUUGAAGACAUUGAGUGUCUUUUCCCAUACACGGGAGGGGAACUGAGACAUCGAGUCUCGUUCCUAGUCAGCGAUGAUCUCCCUAUGGACAUCUUGUUAAGUAUAGGGGAGCCGGUGAAAACGACCCCAGAGAUAGAGGGAGUGGCCGCUAGGUACCCUGAUCUAUUCGAAGAGCCGAAAGAGGUUGUUGAGAGGGAGAUCGUCCACGCGAUAGAGAUUAUCCCAGGGUCUAGCAUUCCGAAGGGUAGGAUCUAUCAGAUGUCUCCAGGUGAGCUCGAUGAGCUUCGCCGACAACUCAAGGAUCUCAUAGAGAAGGGUUGGAUCCGGCCUAGUGUUUUCCCUUACGGAUCUCCUGUACUAAUUGUACCAAAGAAGCGGGGGACCUUGAGGAUGUGCAUUGACUAUAGGGGCCUCAAUGCCAUCACAGUGAAGAACGUCGAGCCCCUACUGCGCAUCGAUGACUUGCUGGACCGAGUGCAAGGGUGCCGGUACUUCAGUAAGAUAGAUAUGAAGUCCGGGUACCAUCAGAUUGCAAUCUGGCUCAAGGAUCAACACAAAACCGCAUUUCAGACCAGGUACGGUCUAUACGAGUUUGUGGUGAUGCCUUUUGGCCUUUGCAAUGCUCCUGGCACCUUUCAGCACGCGAUGAACCGGAUAUUUUAUGACUACUUGGACAAGUUUGUCAUCGUGUACCUCGAUGACAUACUUAUCUUUAGUAGGAAUGUCGAUGAGCAUGUAGCGCACUUAGAUAGAGUCCUUAGCCUCCUCAGACAGCACCAGUUCAAGAUUAACCGGGAGAAGUGUGAGUUUGGACGCACCCGGAUCUUGUACCUGGGACAUGAGAUUUCCGCGGAGGGAUUGGAGCCCGAUGACGCGAAGGUGGCCAGCAUUCGUGACUGGCCGCGUCCUCAGUCUGUGACUGAGAUGAGGUCCUUAGGGAUAAUAGGCUACUACCGCAACUUUGUUCAGAAUUAUAGCAUAGUGGCCACCCCUUUGACGGACCUGACACGCCUUGACACCCCAUGGGAGUGGACAAACAGAGACUUUGGGCUUCCAAAGUCCAUUGUAAGUGAUCGGGAUGUCCGAUUCACUAGUGAGUUGUGGAAGGCUGCAGCUGCAGAACAAGGAACACAACCGCAGAUGACUUCUGGGAACCACCCAGAGGCAAACGGGCAAGCGGAGCAGCUGAACCGCGUUGUACAACACCUGUUGAGGCACUACAUAAAGCCCAACCAGGUGGACUGGGAUGAGAAACUUGCUCUCAUCGCCAGCCUGUACAACAAUGCUGUGCACAAUGCAACAGGGGGGGAGAGCGGUAGCGAAGCAGAGGACAGCAUGUCGGAGGAUUCGGGAGAGGAUUCGGGAGAGGAAACAGAUGGAGAGGAAUGGGAAGACGCAGAAGGGGAAGAGGAACCUGAAACCUUGGCACAAUGGAUCCGAAUAGUCCACAAGCUGAGGUGGAAAAGGCACAUUGAAUGUGAAAUGCGUUUGGCGCAUCAUAAACACCUGCGCAACCUGAAACAGGCAUUUUCAGCAGGAGAUGAUAUCACCUCAACAAACAGAUUUGAGUGGUUGAAGAAAGAGCAGGAGGUCAACGAAUUCUACGCAACACAGUACGCAUGGAAGGCUCGCCCAGCUAACAAUGACAUCUAUGUGCACAAUGGGAACUAUGCCAAACAGUUCACAUGGCCCAAAACGUACCAACCGCAAGGACUGAAGAGGUCGGAACAGAAAAGGAAAGCGCAGCGGGAGGCAGAGGACAAAUCGAUCAGCGGGAACCAGGGAACAGAGGUCUCAGUUCAGGAGAUGGAGGAGAGGGAGCAGAUGGAGGAGGAGAAGAGACAGGCGGCGAUUUUGGGAGCACAAAUCAACGUUCUCAAGGAUCAGAACAGGGAACUGGAGGUGGAUACCAUAAACCUGCAAAAGAUAGCAUACUCACCGCAAGUAGACAUAAAUGCAGCAGCCAAACUCUUUGCAAGACAUAACCCGGGAAGGAGAAUCAUUGUACCCUACCGCUGGAACAGUGGUAACUCGGAUUGGGAAGUGGCCAUUCACAAGACCUUGGCCUUAGUCUCAGCAAACGACAGUCAUUGCUCGCGAGACAAGCUCAAAGAGCAGAUUACGGGUGAUCUCCCUGACAAAGCUCAAGUGGUUGGAAGCCUUUCACAGGACUGGGAGGAGUGGGAGGACACGGCGGGUGGCAAGCAAAUGGUUGACUACAGGCCCAUCUUGCUCAGAUUGCAGGAGAAGGCCAAACUGGCGGAGGGACUGAUAUGGAUGCUAUGGCAGGUGGUGGAAACGAUACCGUACGGCCUCUUGGGAGUUUCGGAGGCAGCGAAAUGGGUGGCAAGAGGGGCAGCGAUUCUCACCAAGGCCGAUCGGGACAAGUCGCGGACUCAAGCUCCGCUUGGGUUAAAGCCUCUACCCAUUCCUGCUGGCCCAGGUCAGAGUAUCUCCAUGGACUCCAUGGAUACUCUCGUGACCAGCAAGAAUGGCAAGAGGCACAUAUUCGUCAUAGUGGAUAGGUUCACUAAGUACGCUAGACUAAUCGCUGUGCCAGAGAUUGCCAGGAUCGAGCACGUCAUCAAGCUGUUCAUGGACAACUGGGAAACAAUUCAGAGAAGAAAACCGAUCCGUGUCGUAAAGGAUGAUGAAGAAAAGCAGGCUUCAGAACCUGUGAGACUCCCUGAGGCUGCUGCAGGUAUAAAACACACCGAAGGCAUUGCACACAUUCGGGGCGAUGAACCUGCCCAUGGAGGACGAGGAGACGAACACUCGAGGCUAUGCUUUCAAGAGACAAAGCUCUUUGGAAAUGAUGGUGGUGGCAAUGAUGAGUUGCGUCGUCCGCUACUAACUGCAGAUCAUUCGGGGAGGUCGAAGUCAGAUGGGUCUGAUCGGCUCAACGCUGUGAAUGGCCAUGUUGGCAGAGAAACACUUGGUUGUCACACCUCCAAUGGGAACACCACAGACAGUCAGGAUCGUGUUUCGGAUCUGUGGAGGUCAGUCAACAGUUCCUUUGUCAUGCCAAUGGAAAAGGUUGGAAAACUUGCUGAAGGCACUGUGAAUGGGAGUGGAGCGAAAAGGGUUAAUGCCGAUGGUGUAAAUAGACCGGAAGAGCACUUUGCAGUUGAUGAAGAAGAUGCAAGUGAAGGACAAAAAAGUGGAGGGGGGGGAGAUGGAGGUGCAUCACGAGAGAAAAUUUCAAUCGACAAUCGCAAGAAUUAUCAAGAAAACCUGCAUGAUCUCGAGGCGUCUACAACUGAGGAGGAUAAAGGUUAUGGAAAUUUCCUUCUACAGCCGAAAGUUAUCAUCUCUGUCAUGUUCUUCACCGUGUUCUCCUUUUCAGAUCUUAUGUUUCAGGAGAGAACAAUCCGAACUGAGGCAAUCUUUAGGAUUCGCUUUGCCUUAAGCCUUGCUUGCGCAACUUGAAAAGCGCCUACUAAACUAAAAUCAAAAACUCACCGAUAAAGCCACUAUUGCCUAGCAGACUAAUAUUGGCUGAAGUAAAAUGCUAUCAUACUC